AUGACGGCUAAAGUCCCUCGAAACUUUCGCCUACUAGAGGAGCUGGAGAAGGGAGAGAAGGGAAUGGGCCCUGAGGCAUGCUCGUAUGGCCUAGCGGACGGUGACGAUUUGAUGAUGACGAACUGGAAUGGCACAAUCCUAGGCCCGCCACACAGCGUACACGAGAACCGGAUAUAUAGCGUCAACAUUCAUUGUGGAGAUCAAUACCCGGAUAUGCCCCCCACGAUCCAGUUUGUCUCACGAGUAAACCUGCCAUGUGUUGACCCAAAGACCGGCAAGGUUGACCCUUCCAGGCUUCCUUGCCUGGCCCAGUGGAAACGUGAGAAUACCAUGGAGACCGUGCUUCUUGAAAUCAGAAGAUACAUGGCGUUACCACAACACAAGAAGCUCCCUCAGCCACAGGAAGGGACUACCUUCUAA